AUGAGUGCUCGCUGGACAGAAAGUGAGGAGGAUUUCAUAUUUGCGUCCCGGGAACGAGGGAUUGAUUGGCGUGUGAUUUCAGAACGGUUGCCUGGGAGAUCUGAAAGCCAUUGUCGCGACUACUACGAGUACUGGGCAGGCAGACGGUCUGUAGAAGACAGGUUCAUUCUCAAGCUACGAGGCCGAGGGGCUGGAUGGGAUGAGAUUGCCGAACAGAUACCAGGGAGAAGUUCGUUCAGCUGCUCAGAGUAUUACAAGCACCAUCAGGAUCUGCAAACGUCAGAGAGAGCCAAAACCCAAUUCUCGGUGGUAUAUCACAGGUUGAAAGGGGAGAUGUGGAAGCAAAUAGGAGACGAGCUGGGUGUCGGAUGGCGGGCUGCCGAAGCAAUGCAUUGGCAGCUAGGCGAACAUGAACUCGAACGGCGAGCCAACCUCGCAGUCCCCCCAGGAGGAGAGGAGCAUACCAAGCAUCCAUGUCAGGCGAGGGGCAAAGAGCAGUCCGAAGCUGGUGAGAGUGACAACUCUUCCCAAUCGCAUGAAUUUUAUGAGUGGGAGCUCCCACCAUUAGCCCACUCGACCUUAUUCAUGAAUUGUCGGUAUUACUGCAGAGUGCCCAGAUGCAAAGGAAACACGUGCACAUGGGAGCACUGUACCGGCGAGCACUGUCCUGCGGAGCUUUGCAACCGGUCCUUCCCUUCAGAAGGAAGUAGCAGGAAACACUUACGUGCUCACUUCAAACCAGUUCAAUGCCCGUUCUGCGAACGGAGAGCUUCGUCUCAAUCCGAGAUGAGGAGACAUAUCACAACCCAUAAGAAUAAGCAAGACGAGAAACAUUCGCAUUUCUGCCCGUUUUGUAAGAAAGGCUUGACGAGGAAGGAUAACCUACGACGGCAUAUAAGGAUGAAACAUGGCGCGACUGAUUCGACGACGCCUUAUAUGUGA